GCAACAACGACAUUCUGCAUUCUCUUUCUCUCGCGACGCGUCGGGAAUCGACUCGGAUUUUGUGAUUGGCCCUCUCACACCAUACGAAGAGACAGCGUGUCUGUGCGAGCCAUACUUGGCGCCAGCGCCCGUGAUUCCUCGGCGCUCUCACCUCAAUUCAGCUGGAAGACGAAAUGUUGUGGUUCUGAAGCACGCGAGGUCCAGCAACGGUCGGGUCUCUUCUCGGAGCUGAUGGUCGCCAAUUGUUAGCAGAUGGGCAUGCCUACUUUUGGUUGCUCUUUGCUGGUGUCCAUUCCUGCUCUCGGGCCACAGCGACGGGUCGGCUCCCGAGAUGUUCGCAGCGUUUCGUUUAUGGAGGGCUCCUACAGGACGUCGAGCAGUCAGAGGCCCUCAAUCUUCAUGCGCGUCACUCGAGAUAGGAUCUCAUUCAUGGGUUACAAGUGGAUGUUGACAAUGUAUCGACAUUUCGAACUUUUCUAGGCGUACCAACGCUGCUUUGCACCCCAAAUCCCCAGUCACCCGUAUGCACUCUCGUCGGCGAUGAUCGCUGACAAAGCCACCAGGUCCGAGCAGACGCGGUUAUCUCAUUUCUCGAUUGACGCCACACGCACUCAUUGCACGUCCUCCCCCACAAACGCCGGUACAUACGCAGUCGCUUCGCGCCACAUGGAGAUGCAGCGACUGAAAUGCAACGUCGAUUCGCCGACGCCGCCGCUGGAUUUAUCCGCAAAUAUCCAAACAACUGUCUUGCGGAUUGGGAUGG